CAAGAUAAUAAAUUAACCUUAUUUUGAAACAACUUGGAACAAAGCCACAGCUUGCGACUUCUGGAAGUUAGCAUGGGCCAACACAGAUCAGUGUAUUCAUGGUACUUACUUGCAAUUUCAUCACUCUCUCUCUGUUGUGGGUAAUUAUCAAAACUUUACCAGGAUCAAUAGACAUCCUUCAAAUGCCAACACUGGCCUUUCAAUGAAGCUUUUGGUACUGCUGCUAAAUGACCCUGCAACAUUGUCCAGUUGUCAAAUAUUACUGUAAAUACAUGCUAUAUUGAAAUUAAACAAAAACUGUUGUAUCCAUGUGUAUAGCUUCUGAACUGAGUUCUAAAAAGGCUGCAGGAAAUUUCAGUCUGUUACAGGAAUGUGGGUACUACCAGCUGCUUAGCAGAUGAUGGUUCGUCGUGGGACAGUAGCAUGGCUCCCUCGGAUAGUAGUUCUGCUUGUGUUCCUCUGCUGUGCAGCAUCUGUGUUCUACAUGUUGACUUGCACUCCAAGAGGUAACCAUCAGCAACCUGCAUUCCUCAGCGUUAACAGCCCAACAGGAAAAGAGGAAUAUCAGGCAAUCCUACAAGAAAGAGAAGAGCAUUACUGGGAUCACAUCAACAGUCUGAAGAGGCAGAUUGCUGAGCUGAAGGAUGAGCUUCAGAAAAGGAAUGAACAAUUGAAGAACAUGCAAGGUCAUGAUACUGACUCACUGGGGGUUAGACUAGACCCAGGGAACUCUGAGAAGUCCCAGAAAGCCCUGUUGCAGUUCCUCCAUUCCCAGAUAGACAAAGCAGAAAUACAUACUGGCAUCAAGCUAUCCACUGAGUAUGCUGUACUGCCCUUUGAGAGCUUCACCCAACAAAAAGUGUAUCAGCUGGAGAUGGGACUUACACGUCAUCCUGAGGAGAAGCCUGUGAGGAAGGACAGGAGGGAUGAAUUGGCAGAAGCGAUUGAGUCAGGCCUGGAGAUUUUAAAUAGUCCAAAGAGUAACAGCAACACACACCAUCGAAUGUACUCCAUCUCUGACUUCACAGAAGGCAUUCACCGGACUGAAAGAGAUAAAGGCACUCUAUAUGAGUUGACAUUCAAAGGAGACAAAGAAUAUGAAUUCAAGCGCAUUGUUCUGUUCAGACCGUUUGGCCCCAUCAUGAAGGUUGUGAAUGAAAACCUCAAUAUGGCCCACACCUUUAUUAAUGUCAUAGUGCCACUGGCAAAAAGGGCCAGCAAGUUUCAGCAAUUUAUGCACAAUUUCAGGGAGGUGGGUAUGCAGCAAGAUGGAAGAAUUCACCUGACUGUAGUUUACUUUGGAAGUGAACAAAUGAGUGAAGUCAAAGGAAUCCUAGAAAACAUAUCCAAAUCAGCUAACUUCAGGAAUUACACAUUUAUCCAGCUGAAUGAAGUAUUCUCCAGAGGGAAAGGCCUGGAUGUAGGUGCAAGAUUUUGGAAAGGAAACAAUGUUGUACUUUUUUUCUGUGAUGUAGAUAUAUAUUUCACAAUGGAAUUCCUGAACACGUGUAGACUGAACACACAACCAGGAAAGAAAGUAUUUUAUCCUGUUCUUUUCAGCCAGUACAAUCCAAGUCUAAUAUAUGGAUACCACAAUUCCAUUCCACCCUUAAAACAACAGCUGGUAAUAAAAAAAGAGACAGGAUUUUGGAGAGACUUUGGGUUUGGAAUGACUUGUCAGUUUCGAUCUGAUUAUAUCAAUAUUGGAGGAUUUGAUCUUGGCAUUAAAGGAUGGGGAGGAGAAGAUGUACAUCUGUACCGUAAAUACCUUCACAGCAACCUCAUGGUGAUCAGGACACCAGUCCGGGGCCUUUUCCACCUCUGGCACGAAAAGCAUUGCUUGGAUGAGCUGACCCCAGAACAGUAUAAGAUGUGCAUCCAGUCUAAAGCCAUGAAUGAAGCUUCUCAUGACCAGCUAGGCUUGCUGGUCUUCCAACGGGAGAUUGAAGCUCAUCGCCACAAACAAAAAGCAAACAGUAGGAAUGUGUGAAGCCAAAAUGGGUCUUUCACAAAGCAAAAAAGUCAAACCUAGAAUGGCCCUCUAAGAACAGUUUCGGGGGAGAGGAAAUUCCUGGACCUG